AUGCGACGGGCUCACAAGAAAACCCGAACAGGUUGCUCCACAUGCAAGCGAAGGAGGAUCAAGUGCGAUGAAAAGAAACCACGGUGUAAAAAUUGCCAGAUUCAUGACGCUUCAGAGUGCAUAUAUGAAAUAGUGGAAACCUCACCCAGUAGGAACCGGUCACCUGCGGCUCCUGAUUCGGCGCCACAGGUUUCACAGUUAGCCAACAGCAUCUACACCCUUCAGCACAUGCGGUUACUGCAUACCUUGACAACCUCCACAGCGCUCACCCUGUCAUGCAAGGACCAGAUAAGAACGUUGUGGCAGGUCGACGUUCCAUGUAUAGGGAUGGAAUUCCCCUUCGUGUUAGACUCUAUACUCGCUCUCUCUUCGAUGCAUCUAGCACACAAGCUGCCGAACGAGCACCGGCUUCACUGGGCAUGUGGCAUUCAACUGCAGCAGCAGGCUGUCGAAGGCGCCCAGAAGGCAAUGGCAAACAUAACAUCCCACAACUGCACCGCCGUGUAUCUGUUCUCGGCGCUGACGUGCGUGCUCUCGCUCGCACGAGGAUGCGAUGACUGGCGAAGCAUCGGUGCCAACGAUGACCAAUCUCCAGGGAAGAACUGUGAGAGCUUCCUGGAAUGGGUGGUCUUAUACCGCGGAACCAGACUUCUCCUCAGCCCGCCCUACGAGGAAGUUUUGCUUUCCGGCCCACUGAGGCCCAUGUUCGAGCUAGGACUCCAACGCCGUGAGCGUAUUCUCGCCCCUCUGGCAACCAUGGACACUGCGAAGUCCGGUCCAUUAUUGAAAUUGCAAGCCGCUAUUUACAAUCAUGUCAGAGACACGGACCGAUUAGAGGCGUACGACACAGCGAUCGACCAUUUGCGGCGGGCCUUCCACGCCGUGUAUGAUAAGCCGAUGGAAGACCUGGAAAACAUGGAUGUUUUCGCCUGGAUGUUCUCGAUACCAGACGCCUAUGUCGCGUUACUCAAACAGCAAGAUCCAAUCGCCCUAGCGCUAUUUGCCUGCUUUGCUAGUCUAAUUCAAGAAAUGCGCAGCAUGUGGUGGACGCAUGGUUGGGGUGAAUGGUGUGUUAGUCAAAUCUGUUCCAAGUUAAAAGAGGCAGCAGUUUGGCUCGUCGAGCAUGUCUUGGAUGUUACUAGCUAA